UUAAAAAUAUGUUUUACAGUAUAAUUGUGUUGGAUUUAUAACAAUAAUAAAUUAUAUGAUUUAAUGGCGGCGUUGACCAAUAGUAGACCGGAUUUGUCAAUUGAUUUGGUUUUACAAACGGAUGACAACUGUGUUGCAGACUGUGAGUGCUUUUGGUGGCGAAUGAGGACACGGAUGGAGAAGACAUUGCUAUGCGGUUGGGCUAUCAUUUCAGUCGUAUUCUUUGCCUUAUGUAUUGCCAUUAUUGCACUCAUAUCCACACAAAACUAUUUUAACAAAACUUCUGUUUGUUUAUCUGACUCAUGUAUUCAUUCUGCUUCUCGUAUAAUACAAUGGAUGGAUGAAUCGGUGUCUCCGUGCGACCAUUUCUACCGAUUUGCGUGCGGCAAAUGGUAUGACUCUACUGUCAUCCCCGACAACAGUAACUCUGUUUCCAGUUUUACUCAACUCACAGAUGUUAUUAAUAUUGAACUGAAAGAUCUAUUAUCUCAAUCUAUAUUAUCAAGCGAUUCAAAAAUUAUCAAAAACAUGAAAAUAUUUUAUAAUUCUUGUAUGAAUUUAACUGCUGUUAAUAAUAAAAGUUUGGAUACAUUAAUGAAUUAUAUUAAAGAGUUGGGCGGUUGGCCUGUACUGGAGGGUAACCAUUGGAAAGAAACUAAUUUUAAUUUUAUUAACACAACUCUAAAACUGAAAAAUUUUGGUUUUAAUCCUAAUUUGAUUUUUCAAUUAAGAGUUGCUCCUAAUGUUGUAUACAAUGGCGAACACAUGAUUUAUAUUACAGAACUAAAAUUUAGUCCAUUAGCUAAAAAUGAGUUAUUAAAUGUAAAAAGUCGUAAAAUGAAAGCUUAUUUAGACUUUAUUGUCGAUAUCGCUGUACUAUUAGGAGCUGAUGAGGACAAGGCUUACGACGAAUUAGAAAAAGUCAUUCAAUUGGAGUCGUUAUUAGCAAAAGUCAUUGAAAUGUAUGAAAAUAUUAGGUUUACAUUAAAACAAAAGUUUCAGGAAAUUGAUUGGAUGGACAUUGAGACCAAAUCGAGUGCAUUAUUUAAAAUUGAUUACAUUAACCAUUUUAUUGCUUAUAAUAAUGAGAUACUCAAUGAUAAACAAAUUGAAGACAUGAAUCAAAUGUUAGAAGAUCUCGAAAGCAAUAAUUUAUUAGAAAAUCUGCUUAAACUACAAAAGAUGAACUUAAAUAAUGAAUACUCUAAGCUAUAUAAAUCAAACUAUCGUAACGAUUGGCAAAAAAUGGUGACACCAGUUAGUGUUAAUGCUUAUUAUUCACCGUUUAUUAAUGCCAUCAGAAUUCCCAUUUGGAUAAUUAAAGGAAUAUUUUUUGAACCAAAUCGACCAAAUUAUCUUAACUAUGGAGCUCUCGGUUGGAUUUUGGGUCACGAAUUAAUUCACGAGUUUGACACCUUUGGCGGUCAGUUUGAUAAAUCUGGUAAUUUGAGAGACUGGUGGGACCAUCAAACCAAACUCGACUUUAAUAAAAGAGCCCAAUGUUUUGUCAAUCAAUACAAACAAUUUAAUUUAAGUAAAUCCACAUUAUCUGAAGAUAUUGCUGAUAAUGGAGGCAUCGAUACGGCAUUUAAAAGUUAUCAAUACUUUGUCAAACGUAAUGGCGAAGAGUUACCACUGCCUGGACUUAACUAUACAUCCGAACAAUUAUUUUGGAUCAGUGCUGCAAAUCAAAUGAACAGUUCAUUGCUACUCAUAGGACAAGAAAAAAGUUGA